CUGUCCUCCUCUUCUUCUCCAUCAUCAACGCGCGAGGGGGCGUGGCCUGCUGCUGACCGUAACAAAGCAACUAAAGAUGAUUCGUGGGAUAUGGCUUGUAAAGAGAUGUUGAGUGGUUCCGGAGAGAAUUCGAAAAAUUGUUCUGUCGAAUUCAAAGAUGCAAGUAAGUCGGAAUAUUCUAGAUUCAAGAAAUAACUGUUUAUUUUAGAAUCAACAAUGGACGAAUAUGAGAAGAUGUUUUUUUCGAAUGAAAAUCGAGCAGAUCGGUUAUUCCCAGAAAUUGAUCCGCGAUUUCAUCAAAAGAAAUUUGAAAAAGAAAAUUCGUGGGAACCAUCUGUGGUUGAAAUGGAACGACAACCAUCACCAGAGCGAACUCAAUCAAAUAUGGAUGAAUCGAUGCGGACGAGCACUCCAAAAAAACGUAAGUUUAUAUUUGAUAAAUUGAAGGGGGAACGAAUUAAGUAGUCGCAUUUUGAAGUAUUGAUUUUGCUUCAAUCGAUUAAGUUUAUUAUUUUAUUGAAUGUAUAUUUUUUCCAAAAAACAAGUUCAUUUCAAAUCUAGCCUGUGAUUUUCAGCUCAGUCUAACUGAACUGACUGAUUUUAAUAAAUGUCAUUAUUUCAGGGACAUCGUCCACGUGA